CUUUGAAUCAGUCUCUCUGCUCACCGUCUUCAGACGGGGACCAGAGCCUUGUUAGACAUGUCCCAUGCCCUUCUCCUACGACUCUUUUUAUCUCCUUCCUUCUUCUCUGUUCAUGUAGCUCUACGAUACCUGAUGGUGUAUUCCGACAACAUAGGCAUCACGUACUACCUUACCCGAAGGUUGAAAGAACUCGACACGCAAGAAUUACGCGAAGUAUGGGGUUUCAUAUGUCAUUUACUCGUCACACGGCCUUCCAAAUCACGAGCACUGGAAUGCUUUGUAGUAGACAUUUCACAACGGUCCACACAUAUAGCCAUGAUUACCCUCUGGCUUAUGCAAGCUUCUUUGCAAGAUCUCUCUUCUUCACCUAGUUCUCCAUCUUUUCAGGUAUGCCAACGGACGUUACAAAGAUGUCAUGAAAUCAUCUUCGGUGAUCUUCCAACUCCAGUCUCUCCGUACUCUGGCUUGGACCUGCCGUUCCAGGCGCGCUUCUCACGUCGGAAGGUUAAAACCCAUGUCGAACCAGUACUCAUCGGACUUGGUCUGAUGUUAGCCGGAACUCCAGCCAUGCCUAAGCUUACUGAGAUCAUGGGUGAGGUUGCGUUGCAGCAGGGUCGUGCUGACGAGGACGGGUCAGACCUGAAAAGCCUACGGACCGAUGAAAAUGACGUUGCUUCAGGAUCAGGACAGACCACCCGCAAUGACUCUGGGGACGAUGAUGACAAUGCCUCAGAUGGAAACAAUGAAGAUGACCACACGGCUAGUUCUCAUGAACGCCCUUCUAAUGAUGUUUGUGGGCCCCAUGGUCCUGCGGUCUCCGAAAAGCGAACAAUUGUCAAUUUUCGUCGGACGAAUGUUGCUGCACAGACAAGUCCCGCUCUAGUUCAUCUGCAAAACAUGCAUCGGUCAACAUUGUCUGAGGAUCCACUCGAUCAACUUGAUCCCUCAUCCCCGGCACGCGUUACCAGCCCUUACCAAUCCUCUCCUUCGAUACCUACGACCCAGCAUCCUUUUCGUCAGAGUACACUGAAUUUCGGCGAUUCCCUCCUCCAACGGUAUGAUUUGGAUUCACAGGCACAUCUCCUCAGAAGUCACUACUACCGUUCAGAAGUCCAGUUCCUGAUAACGCUCGAGCACAUCUCUAACCGCCUACUUGUUGUGCCAAAGCCUGCGCGAGUCAGCGCCCUUAGAGCCGAAUUGACUGCUCUUAACCACAAGCUUCCUGCAGAGGUGUGCAUGCCUAUGUGGUGUUCUUCAUCGGAUAACCCUGUGCCACGGAAUGACUCUCAACCGCACCACAAGAUCGUUCGAAUCCCCCCUGGCGAAAGCGUUGUGCUCAAUUCCGCGGAGCGAGUACCUUAUUUGCUCAUUAUUGAGAUUCUGCACGACGACCUUGACUUUGACCCAACAAAGAGAAGAAAUAAGGAGACGCUGAAGCGUAUAGUGACGAAGGAGAAUGAACGCAAAGGUGCUUCGAGAGAACUCAUUGCCUUCACUAGGUCACCUCUUUCCUUGAAACACAAGGCCCUUGGAGAUCCCGUUGUCGGCUCGGAAAAUGCUUUGGGAAAUGACUCUACUGAGGAGACAGAAGCUUCGUCGGUCCCUGUAGCUUCUGCUACUAGUAGUACUAGUUCUCUCAUCGGUGACGAUGAGGAGAUGGACCUCGUCGAGCAACUGUACGGGGCCGGCGAGUCUCACCGCGGACCAAUAGACCUUACAGAGUCCAUUGUGCUUCCACCCGUGCUGAAGAACAAGGAGCUGGAUAUGGUCGCGUGGUCUCGAACUUCUUCCUUGCCUUCAUCACCCAACCCAGAAGGAAUAUUGUCGUUAUCUUCUUCUCCCGCCUUUCCAACCACUGGUGGCCGGUUCUCGACACUACCUUCAACCACCCAGCUGCCAGACCCACCACCUGAUAGUAACAGUAACAAUCGUAUACUUUCGCUUGACGAUUACUCCGAACGCAUGCGUACGGCUGCUGUCAUGCUUUCGCAGCUCAAUGCGAACCUCAUUCGCGAGGCAGUGACCACAUUACCUUCUUCGGAUUCAACUGCAACGCUGGUCAAUUCGAGUUCACCGUAUGGCCCUCUGAGUUGGCUCCCCGGCUCUGGCUGGUUAGGCGGUCCACAUCAUCAGGCAAACAGUGGGCCACUACAUCCCUCGCUCGCUGGGAGGGCUGGCGAUUCACCAGCUACCACCCGGAUGCGCGUGCAACAUGCAGAGGCAGCCGCCAUCAGGGGCCGUAUCAUGAAGGAGAUGAUCGCACUUGAAGAAGAGCGAAUGGAGCGCAUGCGAGAACACAGGGAAGGAGACGGGAUGAUGCGCAUUGGUGACGUGGGUAAUAACAUGAAGACUGCUGAAGACGAAACUAUCAUCAAGCGUGAGCUGAACAAGGUCGAUCCCUCCGCCGUAAUAUUCAGCGAAUCUUGGGCGACGAAGAAGAGUCGAAUACAGCACGGAUCACCGUAUGGUCAUCUAGCAAACUGGGACUGUGUCUCUGUGAUCGUUAAAACUGGUGGCGAUCUUCGCCAGGAACAGGUCGCCGUUCAGCUUAUACAGCAGUUUGAGCAGAUUUGGCAAGAAGAGAACUGUCAAUGUUGGGUCCGCUACUUCCAAAUUCUAACCACUGGCGCAUCGUCGGGCUUGGUAGAGACUAUAACAGACGCCGUGUCGAUACAUUCCAUCAAGAAGUCCGAAUACGCAAGACGGUUGGCAGAGGGCCGGCUCGGAUAUGUCACUCUCCUAGAUCACUUCAAAUCGACUUACGGCGAUCCAUCUAUGGCUAAGUUUGUUCGAGCGCAACGCAACUUUGCCAAGUCACUCGCAGGUUAUUCCAUCGUAACGUACCUGUUGCAAAUAAAGGAUCGGCAUAAUGGGAACAUAUUGCUGGACCGAGAGGGGCACCUCAUUCACAUAGACUUUGGGUUCAUGUUGUCUAAUUCACCGGGUAACAUAGGUUUUGAGGCUGCACCAUUCAAGCUGCCACCGGAAUAUGUGGAAGUGCUAGGGGGCGUGGAUGGAGAGUCUUUUUUGGAGUUUAAGCGCCUGUUUCGUGAGGGGUUCGAGGCAGCGAGAAAACACUGUGAUCGAAUCAUAACUCUGGUGGAACUGAUGCAAAAAGACUCCAAGCUGCCAUGCUUUGCUGCGUUUGGUGAUCAGACUGCAGCUCAACUGCGUGAUCGCUUCCAACCCGCCUUGACUCAUUCCCUUGUGGGUGAAUAUAUCGACCGUCUUAUUGACACCUCCUUGGGCUCCAACUGGACGCGUCUUUACGACUCGUACCAAUAUUAUUCGCAGUCCAUUCUGUAGCCUUAUACCACAUC